AUGAAUUUUCAUACUGACAUUCGCAGCGCUGGGAUUGAGAUGGGACCUGUCGGGAGCUGUUCGGCGCCUGAGGCUGAUGACCAUGCUGAUGGGAGUCUGCCCACAAGGCACAGAAGCUGGAAGGCACGGGCACUUGACUCCUUCAAGGACCGCGUUGGGAGGGUUGAUGAGCGAAUGAACAACUCGGUCGUUGGCCGGGUGUUCAACCUCAAGGGGAGCGGAGUGAGUAUGGCUCCAAGUAAGAGAAACAGAACACUGGCGGCUGACAUGCUUCUACCACAGCCUAAGAGUAUUCCCGAUGCCAACUUCUCUACAGAGUUGCGGGCUGGCCUCACUACAUUUGCCACCAUGUCCUACAUCAUUGCCGUCAACGUAAGGUGUCGUUGCGGCAUAUUCCUUACACUUGGUAUUCUGACACCCUCACAGGCCUCCAUUCUCGCAGACACGGGGUUCGAUUGCGAAUGCAAAAAACCACUCGACAACGCGGGCAACUGUAAAUCAGAGGUCAAGCUGGAUCUUAUCACUGCCACAGCUGCGGUGGCCGCUUUCUCCAGCAUUCUGUUUGGUCUUUUCACCAACCUCCCUGUCUGUCUUGGUCCUGGCAUGGGCUUGAAUGCCUACUUCACUUACCAAGUCGUUGGCGCAAAGGGGACCGGCUCGAUUCCCUAUAAGACUGCUCUCACCGCUGUCUUCAUUGAAGGAUGGAUUUUCAUGUUUCUAGCCCUCACUGGUAUGCGACACUGGCUGGUCAAGAUUAUUCCCGGUACCAUCAAAACGGCCAGUGGUGUUGGCAUCGGUCUGUUUCUCACACUCAUCGGUAUGUCAUAUUCCUCUGGAAUUGGCAUCAUCACGGGAGCUAUCAGUACACCCUUGGCUAUUGGCGGUUGUCCAGCUAGUUCCUUGGAUCAAUAUGGCGAGUGUACUGGAGAGUACUUCACAGAUGUGGAUUGGUAUUUGUCUCGGUGGUCUGUUCGUGGUGUUCCUGAUGGCUUUCAAGGUUCGAGCUUCAAUCGUCAUUGGCAUUGCUUUGGUUUCAAUCCUGUCUUGGCCGUAAGAAACCCUAGGAAUUCUUUGUCAUUAUCUACUCGGAUGCUAACCUUCUCCAGACGCAACACAGCCGUCACGUACUUCCCCGAUACGGACGAUGGCAACCGUCGCUUCACAUACUUCCGCCAAAUUGUCGCUUUCCACCCCAUCAAACACACCCUCGGCCAGAUCCAAUGGGACUUGGGUGAAAAAUUCGACACCAAAGUGCUUGUCGCUUUGAUCACCCUCCUCUAUGUGGAUAUCAUCGACUGCACAGCAACACUCUAUUCCAUGGCUCGGUUUUGCAGACGGACAACAGGUAAAGAUAAGGACUUUCCCCGCUCAACCACUGCAUUCUGCAUAGACUCGAUUUGUAUCUCGCUCGGGGCGCUCCUCGGAUGCUCACCAGUUACGGCUUUCAUUGAGAGCGGUGCUGGUAUUGCUGAGGGUGGUCGGACUGGGCUGACGGCUGUCACUGCUGGAUUUUGUUUCUUCCUGUGUAUUUUCUUUGCCCCUAUAUUUGCUUCAAUUCCGCCUUGGGCUACUGGAUGUACUCUGAUGCUGGUCGGCUGCCUAAUGAUCCGACAAGUGACCAAAAUCAACUGGGCGUACAUCGGUGACGCAGUCCCUUCAUUCAUCACCCUGGCCUUUAUCCCCUUUACCUACAGUGUACUACGGCCUUUUUGCGUAAGCCCCUUCCCCCCCUCCUCGCUUUCCCGUCCACCCCCAGGUAACCCCCCCCCCCCCCCCCAGCGGCAUCUUCUCCUACGCGGGCAUAAACCUCUGCAUCUGGGCCAUCAUCAAACUAUCCCGGGGCACCAUCAUGCCCGAAAACUACGACAUGAAAGAAUACUGGACCUGGCGACCCCCCGGCGAGCGCCCCUGGCUUUUUCGCAAAAUCGGCGAGGCCAUCUUUUGGCUUAG